AUGGCGUCGGAACUUUGUUCAGCAUGUAGUAACAUCACCCUGUCGAUGCUAAUAGAUGGCUUCCAGCAUCCUCUAGACUACAACCAGGUCCUUCAGUCCAAGGAACACUGCCGACUUUGCGAAAUCGUCAGCAACGCCUACAAGUCCCAGACCUGUGUCAAAUAUGACAACUUGACGGCUUUGAGGGGUGAUAAAACAAAGGCUUGCAAGGUAGAUCAUCGUGGGCCACUCAUGUGGAGGUUGCAACAAUCAGAACCUGGGGCACGCUGGGGAAUGUUCAAACUCGACUCUCAGCAUUACGGAGGGCUGCAUCGGAUCUCCGUGUCAGAAGAAUCAAGCGUCUUUAAAAACCGAAUCAUCACGCACAGGGACCUGCAAGAUGCCAACUCUCCGCGAAACAUGCGUCUGCUUCGUGAAUGGCUCCAAGAGUGUCAGCUACAUCACGAUGAGUGCGGGCGAGGUACAUACUCAGGGAAUAAAUACAACGAUGGCUCUUCCUCCACGACUCUCCCGUUCAGGGUUAUCGAUGUUGGUUUCGCUGGCGAUGGUAGAAGCGAGGAGAAGAAGCCACGCGUCUAUACGACACACGGCAAGGAAACUGGACGUUACAUGACUCUUAGUCACUGCUGGGGAAAGGUCAUUCCGCCAAGGAUGACCAAGGAUACUGUCGAUACCUGGCAGGUGGAACUCCCAUUGGCGAAUUUGCCGAAGACGUUUCGAGAUGCGAUAUGGCUUACAAGGCAAUUGGGCGAGCGAUUUCUCUGGAUCGAUUCCAUCUGCAUCGUCCAGGACGAUCCCACUGAGCUCAUGACACAGAUAGGGCUCAUGGGAGUGAUAUUCGAGGAGUCCUUUUGCACUAUAGCUGCGGUGGAUGCAAAAGGCUCAGACGGGUCUCAGAUGGUCGAUUCGGGCUUGUUCGUCAGUGGGCCAGCGGUUGCCAGGACUGCCAAGUUUCAAGUCAAGACUGCUGGGACGAAUAAUGAUGGACUUGCAGAGAGCAUCAUGGGAACGAGUCAGAGUUCAUCACAACAAGAAGUGGAUGAACUGUGCGAAGUCAUCAUGCAGGAAGCAUCUGAUACCGCCGAUCCCUUCCCUCUCAGACUCCAAUUCAAGGCAUGGCACUCCCGCGGCUGGGUAUUUCAGGAACGAGAACUCUCCCGCAGAUGCAUCUUCUUCACCGAGUACGACCUAGGCUGGCGGUGCAACCGAUACUGGGAGACGGAGCAGACAGGGAUCCCUGAGUGCCGGCGCCCUCGUGGCGAGUACACCAUGGACGGUACGAAAUCGUACGGUGGCGUGUCUUACGAUGCCGAGUACAAUCUGAGGAAGACGUGGCAGAACACAGUACAGCAGUACAGUGUGACCAAGCUGACGUAUAACUCAGACAAGCACAAUGCGUUGAUGGGGUUUGAAGAGCGGCUGGCUACGCGCUUCGGGUACAUAUUCUAUCACGGCAUUGUUGAUUUUGGACAUUGUGAGCACCUCCAUUCCCAGCUGCUAUGGGUUCCAGCCAUCAGCCGCGGGGGGCUCAAUGAUAUCCCAUUCCCAUCUUGGAGCUGGAUGAAUCUGAAGGGGGCGGUGAAGUGGCCUCAUGAUGAGUACCUCGUCUAUCCAGAACUCCUGGCAAAAGUCAUGUUUGGCGCACCAAAAGCAAAUGAAGAAGCCCAAGAACUGCAAAUCUCCGGGCCUUUCCAGAGCAUCAGAGUUGGGGCUCGGAUAGGUGACAUUCCUCACUAUACGGAACGUGAAAGAUGGGCCCCUGACACGCACUUUGGAUGGUCAGAGUUGGGCAUGCAUCCCGACACGAACACGCUUCUGUCAUCCAAAGAUGAUCAGGUUAUUGGAUGGGUAGCUCUGGAUGACGACCUUGAGUCUGAGGACAUAUUUGCGCUUCCUCUGCUCAGGUACUUGAGACAGGACGAUGAGGUGGAGCCGAUGUGUGUUGAUUUCUUGGCCGUGUCUGGAAACUUCACACGGCCUGAGUUGAAUGCCCCGGAGAAGAAAGAACCGUGCCGUCGGGUUGGCCGAGGGCGAGUUCUUAAGAGUGCAUUUGAAUGGCUAGACGAUUGCCAGGACGGCAGUAUUGUGUUGAACUGA